UUUUUUUUUUUUUUUUGGUUCCCCUUUUUUUAUUUCUCUUUGAAUCUCAUUUUAUACUACCAUGUUUGCCUGUCAACGUAUUGCAUUAAACGUCAGUAAGAGACAGUUUCAUACCGUGCCUGCUAUUUCAGCAGCUGAGGGACUUUUUGGAAAGUUCAAUCCUUGGGCCAACAAGACCCAACCUGAACAAGUUGUAACUCCAGCUCAACCCACGAAUCAAGACAUUACCACCUUUAAUGUUAAAUACCAAGACGCAGACGAUAUUGCCAGUUGGAAGAGAACAGACGUCUUGACAAAUCACGAAGAAAUCGAAUCCGCUGUCAAAUCAGUCAUUCUUCAACAUGUCCAAGGUGCCACCGAAACCAACUGGAAAGAUUUAUCCAUUGAUGACUUAAACACCAAAUUCAAGAUUUUAAAAGAUAGCAUUAAAGAAACCGGUAAAGAAGUACCCAACUAUGAAUUAAAUGGAUUAGAGACAACAAAGGAUGUAUUGGCAUAUUUCAAGACAGGUGGACCUUUAGAAGCUCAAAAGGUCACCAUCGAAGCCUAUUUCGAGGACAACCGUGAAUCAUUACCCAAGAACUUGACAUUUGUUCCCAGAGAAUAAAAAAAAAAAAAUCGUAGCAUGUACAAAUUUUUAAAUAGAAUAAAAUAAGGAAAAACAAAAGAGAGAAAGCUGUUUAUAAAGAGAGUGAUGAGGAUGAGGUUGAUAAUGUACGUUGACAGAUAUCGUUCAAUAGUUUUUGAUGCAUACUCCAAAGUCGAUCGGGUGGCACAAUACUAAAAUAGAUCGCUAAAAGUUCUUGAUGAGGAUGAGGUCCCUUUUGGUAAAGAAAGUAAUAUUGGCUAUUACUAGACUCUUUGAUCGCUUUUGUUCUCGUUGUAUCUAGACGAAAUGAAAUACCCAACUGUAACAUUUGAUUACAC